GGUUAUGCUAAAUUCAACUACCAGAUGAUGCCUGCCCCUACUACUGAAGCUCAAAUGGAAAAGCAUGUUCAAACAUGCUUUGAUUCUAUCCCUCUUGAUUUCUUUCAAAAGUAUUGUAACCAGUCUGCUCAGUUCAUGGAUGCAUAUAGAAAGGGGUUGACAGGAGCACAGGCUCAAUGGGCAAAUAAGAAAUACUAUAGUUAUAGAAUCCUUCCAGCUAGUAUUCUGGCUGAGCUGUAA